CUAGCAACCAGCUAGAAACCUUCAGAUUGUGACGUCAACCUUGUGGUGAUAUGAUAGGCCAAAGUAUUCAUUUGAUUAAACAUUUUUUUAAAUAGAAAAAAUAUUUUAUAAGUGUAUGUUACGCGUAAAGUAUUAACAACACAUCAACUGACUGACAAUAAAUUAUACUGUUUAUUAGUUCAUAAAUAUCGAUUUGCAGUCUCCCUAUUCCGUUUCCGCAUCCGUCAUCUUUCUUUCCGGUUUUGUGCCCUCUCGUAGCCAUCAUGAAGGUCGAGUUGUGCAGUUUCAGCGGGUACAAAAUAUACCCCGGCCAUGGCCGCCGAUACGCCAGGAUAGACGGAAAGGUGUUCCAGUUUCUGAAUGGCAAGUGUGAGUCCGCCUUCCUGGCCAAGAGGAACCCAAGACAGAUCAACUGGACUGUGCUGUACAGACGCAAGCACAAGAAGGGCCAGUCUGAAGAGGUGGCAAAGAAGCGUACCCGCCGCGCAGUGAAAUUCCAGAGGGCCAUCACUGGUGCCUCCCUGGCUGAGAUCAUGGCCAAGAGGAACCAGAAACCCGAGGUCCGCAAGGCCCAGAGGGAGCAGGCCAUCAGAGCUGCCAAGGAGGCCAAGAAGGCAAAGCAGGCAGCCAAGAAGCCCGCUGCUCCAAGUGCAAAGUCGUCUACAAAGGCAGCACCGAGACCCAAGAUCGCUAAGACCAUGAAGGUCAGCGCACCCCGCGUCGGUGGAAAACGCUAAACCUGAUAAUAUUGUUUAGGGUUGUGAAUAAAAGACUUUUGAUUAACCAUCA